AUGAGUUAUCGGUACCCCUAAUACAAGAAUAGAUAGAUCUAAUGAGGGGUUGACAACUAUAGCAGCCCCCCCCCCCCAUCAGCCCGCGAAAGUGUCCCUGAUUAUUUAUUUGCUUUAUGUUCAGUGAAGCAGAUAGCCCAACCAACCGGACUGCGACGCAAGAUGAGACAGACCAACAGACCACCGCAGGGCCUUCCGAGAGGCUAGGCUCUCCCCGGGGGACCACCCGUUCGCAUUCGCGCAGCGGCUGAAGGAUGCGGAGGUGGCUGCAGCCGCGGGGCGUGGAUGGAACGCCGGCGGUGGAGGAGAAGAUGGUGAUGGAGCAGCUCCUGGAGGGUUUGCCGGCUUUCUCCACUCCGUUUGGGUUAUACCAAUUCACCACGCUUCCCUUUGGGCUGUUUAGGGCACCGGCCACUUUCCAACGCCUCAUGGACCGGGUGCUGCGCCCGCACGCUGCAUAUGCUGCCGCCUACCUGGAUCACGUCAUCAUAUACAUAUACGUGGGCGGAGCAUGUGCGGCGGGUGGGCGCGGUGCUGGAGUCCCUGAGGCAGGCCGGGGUCACCGCCAACCCGGGGAAGUGUGCAGUUGGGCGGAGGGAGGUACGGUAUCUGGGGUACCACUUGGGCGGUGGGCAGGUGCCCCCUCAGGUGGACAAGACGGCAGCCAUCGCGGCCUGCCCGCGGCCCAAGACAAAAAAGGAGGUGAGGCGGUUUUUGGGGCUGGCGGGCUACUACAGGAGGUUCAUCCCGGGCUUUGCGGCGCUGACCAGCCGCUUAACUGACCUGGGCCGGAAAGGUGCCUCAGAUCCGGUCCAGUGGACGGAGCGGUGCCAGUGGGCGGUUGAGGCAGUGAAACAUGCUGUCUGUGGGGAACCACUGCUCCACACACCGAACUUCUCUCUCCCUUUUAUCUUGCAGACGGAUGCGUCGAACAGAGGGCUUGGGGCCGUUUUGUCCCAGCAGGUGCAGGGGGUGGACCGCCCGGUCCUCUACAUCAGCCGGAAACUAUCAGAGGGAGGCCAGGUACAGUACAGUGGAGAAGGAGUGCCUGGCCAUCCGGUGGGCGGUCGACUCCCUGCGGUAUUACCUCCUCGUACGCCAAUUCACCCUCUGUUCGGACCACGCCCCGCUCCAAUGGCUCCACCGCAUGAAGGAUACAAACGCCCGGAUCACUUGGUGGUAUCUGGCUCUACAGCCAUUUAACUUCAAAGUGGUUCAUAGGCCGGGGGCGCAGAUGGUCGUGGCGGACUUCCUCUCUCGUCCACAGGAGGGAGAGGGGGGGGAGUCGGUUCGGCCGGAUGGCUCCCCGGCCUAAGUCGGGCGGUGGGGGUAUGUGGUGGUGGGGUGUGGUUAGCUCAGCUGCAGGGGGGAGAACGGGGAGUGGUUCAGGGAACACUACCGGGAAGUAAUUAGCGCAGCUGGUCAGCAUCAGGAUGAUUGUUUGUCCCCUGUUAAAACAGUGAGCAGGACGCGGAGGAGGGGUCGAAGCAAGUGCUCAGGAGCGGAGCGGAGCGACAACGACACAGACCGGCUAAAACAAAGCCGUAAAAAAAUAAGAAUAAAAACCCUUUCUCAUUGCAACGUGUGUCCGUGCCCUUAUUCUCGGAGAA